GGGAGGGGGCGUGCCUGACUUUUUCUCCCUCGAGGAAAUUAGCAAUGGGAAGUGUAUUUCCUCUGGCUGCCGGAAAUGUCUCCAGCCUGUGUCCCAGCUCCAGCCUCAGCUGAGCCCUGGGGGUCCACAGAAGGUGGGGCAGAGGGGACCCAGCUCUUAAGAGCUGGCUCAUUUCUUGUCACAGCUCUCCGGUGCCCACGGAAUUACAAGAAUUAUUCAAAUACUGCCCGUUAUAUAGACGAUAUCACAUUCUACCAAAGAUCUUCCUAUCUGUGAUGCGAUUAGUAUAGAGGUUGUGUUCCCUUUUACAGAAGGGGAAACUGAGGCUCCCGAAGGAGAAGUAAUUUCCUCAGUGUCACAGGAGGAAGGAGGGAGACAACUGAGGGGCAGAGAGAGGAAGAGAAAGAGGACAGAGGAGAGGGGAGAGAUGUAUUGGGUGACACUGUCUGGGUGAGACGUUUCCAUUUGAAAGGAUGGCACCAGGAGUAAGCCCCCACCCAUCCUGUCUCCGCAGGACCCCGAAGCCUCUGUCCACGGUGAGGCUGGGGUGGGGGCAGCAGCAGCUCUGUCUCCGAGGACCCCACAGGGGACAGGACUUACCGAGCGGGACUCAGCCCUGACCUUUCAAAGUGAAUUAUGAAGCACAGAUCUGGGCUUUUCAUCUCUCCCCCGCCGCCUGUUCCCCUGGGUCCCUCCCACCCUCGUCGGAGCCAGAGCCGGAGCUGGAGGUGGAGCCGGCUCACGCCGAGGGUGUGUGUUUCUCCUCCCUGCCUCCGGCCUCUGGAUAGCUUCUGGAAUGACUUCCAUGUGCAGUCAUUGUACAUUGAGCGCCUACUGUACUCUGGGCCUCUCCCAGGGGCUAAGAAUACGGCAGUCAACAAGGCACACAGAGUCCCUGCCCUCCUGGGACACCCAAUCUAGACAGAGAGACAGACACAGACAGACAAGAUACAAGGUGACAAGAAGAAAAGCUACCGCAGGGGGAGGUGGGCAGGGCUUUGGGUGGAGAGGGGCUCCCUGGGGAAGUGAGGGAGCUGAGCAGGCUAAUCUUAAGAUGUGAAGGGAGAAUGUUCUAGACGGAGGGAACAGUAAGUGCAGAGGCUUUGGGGCUGGAAAAGUCAAUACCGUUGAGCCUGCCAAGGUGGGCAGGGUCGGCGCAGCUGCCCAGACCACGCAGGCAGAGCCUUUUCACCUGGGCAAGGAGUUUGGAUUUUACUGCGAGCCCAUUUGGAAGCCACUGGAGCGUUUCAAGCAGAGAAGCAACAACAGCUGAUCUCCACGUUAGAAAGCUCUUUCCGGCUGCCAUGUGGAAAGUGAGUGCUGCACAGCCAGCUGUGGCCUGGGCUGUCAGGCAGGGCCACUUCAUUCCUGCUCCUCAGACCCCACCAGCACCAAGCAAGUCCCUCCCCUGCCCUCCUCAAACUCCCCCUUCCACCCAAACCCCUCCUCUGAUCUAGCCUUUACUCACCUCCUUCCUGUUUCCUAAAAUCCCUUCCCACAGUCCCCAGACUGAGCCUUUCCUCUCUGUCCACCCUCCGCAGGGCACCUCCCGCUCCGUAAUCACCUCCUCGGGUACUUUACUCAUUUCCUUUUAUGUCCUGGGAAAUGCCAGCACUCCCACCUGCGUUGCCUGGUCCUUCCAACACUCUGUAACUGUAGUCUGUCUGGUCUCAACACUGUGUUGCAUAUUUCCUGUGCCUUCUAGAACAUUCCGCUCCCCCUGCCAUUACUUCAACACCUAGCACACUUACCUCCUUGCUCCUCUACAAACAUCUUCCUCUCACCGCUGCCUGCUGGUGCUUUCAUCCAUGCUAUAAACACUGUCCUCGGCCAGUUUUUGUGUCACCCCCAUAUUCUCUCAUUUGUGCCCUGAUUGGGUCUAUAAACACCCCCUUGACAAAGCUCUUUAUUCAUCUGCCAUCCAAAUCUCCCUGCUGUUGUAACUCUAUCCCUCGUCCAGCCUUCUGCUCUCAGGCCCUACCCUCCCCUGCUCAGCCUGUGCCUCGAUUCACGGUCAAGCUCCUCUCUUCCCCGUGGGCUGCCUCCCGCCAUGUUCCCCUGAGCCUCCAAGGAAGGGGCUCAGGGGGCCCCAUGGCCUCCCGCUGCCCGUGGCCCCACAGCCCCCGCGGGCCAGGGGAAGCGUCCAGAAAGCCUCAGUGCCGAGGAUGGGCAACCGCACGUGGGAGGGCUGCCACGUGGACUCGCGCGUGGACCACCUCUUCCCACCGUCCCUCUACAUCUUCGUCAUUGGCGUGGGGCUGCCUACCAACUGCCUGGCCCUGUGGGCGGCCUACCGCCAGGUGCGGCAGCGCAACGAGCUGGGGGUCUACCUGAUGAACCUCAGCAUCGCCGACCUGCUGUACAUCUGCACGCUGCCGCUGUGGGUCGACUACUUCCUGCACCACGACAACUGGAUCCACGGCCCCGGCUCCUGCAAGCUCUUCGGGUUCGUCUUCUACACCAACAUCUACAUCAGCAUCGCCUUCCUGUGCUGCAUCUCGGUGGACCGCUACCUGGCCGUGGCGCACCCGCUGCGCUUCGCCCGCCUGCGCCGCGUCAAGACGGCCGUGGCCAUCAGCUCCGUGGUCUGGGCCACCGAGCUGGGCGCCAACUCGGCGCCCCUGUUCCACGACGAGCUCUUCCGAGACCGCUACAACCACACCUUCUGCUUCGAGAAGUUCCCCAUGGAGGGCUGGGUGGCCUGGAUGAACCUCUACCGGGUCUUCGUGGGCUUCCUGUUCCCGUGGGCUCUCAUGCUGCUGUGCUACCGCGGCAUCCUGCGGGCCGUGAGGGGCAGCGUGUCCACCGAGCGCCAGGAGAAGGCCAAGAUCAAGCGGCUGGCCCUCAGCCUCAUCGCCAUCGUGCUGGUGUGCUUCGCGCCCUACCACGUGCUCCUGCUGUCGCGCAGCGCCGUCUACCUGGGCCGGCCCUGGGACUGCGGCUUCGAGGAGCGCGUCUUCUCGGCCUACCACAGCUCGCUGGCCUUCACCAGCCUCAACUGUGUGGCCGACCCCAUCCUCUACUGCCUCGUCAACGAGGGCGCCCGCAGCGACGUGGCCAAGGCCCUGCACAACCUGCUCCGCUUCCUGGCCAGCGACAAGCCCCAGGAGAUGGCCAACGCCUCGCUCACCCUGGAGACCCCACUCACUUCCAAGAGGAACAGCACGGCCAAAGCCCUGGCUGCUGGCUGGGUGGCGGCUCCGUCCUCCCACGGGGACCAGGUGCAGCUGAAGAUGCUGCCACCGGCACAGUGAACCCCGACUGGUGCAGAGCCCCCAGUCCUCCUGUCGCAUCCCACAGCCCCUUCUUUCCUGGUCUGGCGUAUGCAGAUUGUAUGUAAAUAAGGCUUGUUAAUAUUCAUAAGAUUGCAAAAACACAGGAAAAGAGUGAG